AUGUUGUCACUUGUCAGCUGAUAGACCUGCAAGGCGUCGUGAAGGAGAUGAAGGCGCCGUGUAUUAUCCCUGAGCUGGACACUCUGCGGCAGGUGAAGAUCUGCGACCCGCGCUACUGGCCCAUCACCUUCCACAGGGACCACAACUGGGACCAGCUCAAAACAUUCCUCGACUACACAUGGUGUGUAGACAUAAAACAGCGCGCCGGCUGUCUGUCCUACCUCGACGACCCUGAGGGUUUCCUCACCAUACUGGCCCAGACCCUGACUCUGGACAAAUCCAACAUUUGGUCAACCACCACCGAAAACAUUGAACUGUUCACAAACGACGAGAAAGUGAGGAACUUCGUCAAACAUUAUCUAGCCAAGGACAUGAACAAGAGCAGAGAGAGAGAGAUCUGCGGAGAUUGUCUGAUCCUGCAGAAGAAGAGGAAGGGAGUGAAGAAUGAGUUGCUGGUCCCGAGGCAGUGCCUCUGCAGGAAGUACAAUAAGGAGGAGCAGGAGUAUGUCCAGGGUCUUAGCAUGGUGACUUAUGAUUGUGUGGUCAAGGAUAUCAUGUGUGCUUUACCUAUUUGGACUACAUUUUUGAAGAUAAUGAAAGCAAUGAAAACGGAACCAACCUCCUACUACACGUGGCAGAUCAAACUGCUCCUCUCACAGAUAGAGAGUCACAACAAGCGAGCUUCAACAGAGAUGACAAUUGAUGGAGCAGAUCAACCGAGCGAACCGCUCAUAUCAACCGAAUUCACGCUCGCCAUUAAGCAGAAAAUCGCUCAAAUUUACGACAAAUGGGAGAUCAAAAUCACCCCAUACCUUCGGAGAUAUUUAAGGGUGCCUGGGUGCAGGGAAGGGUUGUUUGAAAGUGUCAAAGCUGGGACUCAGGAGUGGGAUACGAGGAGGAUGUUCAGCUCAUUCGUGGUGUACCACUCGUUGGUGAGGGAUGAUUGGUCAGACGAGCUGUCUAUGGCGUUGACGGAGUCGCGCAUCACUGCGGAUGCUGUGAGCAAGAUCUCAGCAUUGCUGAGAUGAUUGAGGUCGUUGACCGGGCGGGUCACUCGGUCCAAGUGUCGCGGCGAUUGUGUUCACGAUUGGUGUUGAAUUGGUGGUGUGUGUGGACUUUGUGUGACAUUGGGAUAAUGUGGUCUACAAUACAGCAUUAGAGAUAUAUACCAGCGGCGAACUGUUCAUACAGGCUGAUUCCCGGCGGGUUACCUUUUAAAAAUCCAUAAGAAACAUAUUCACUAUUGUAACGAAUAUGUUUCUUAUAAAAGUAUAUGUAUUGAUGUAUCAGAAAAUGUAGUUUGUAUCAAGCUGUAUGAAUUUCCAUUUCUUUGGGACGGCUUACCUGCGUCAAAAUUCUAUCCUUCGCCACUGAUAUACCCCCAUCUGUUAUUCAUUAGUUGAUAUGAAAUAAAUGAUAGAUAAUAUUCAGUGAUACAUUGCAAGUUGUCUAGUUAAAUUGCAGCUAAACACAUUUUUCAAAAAAUAUCUAGAAAACCAUAAACUCGACCAAAAGCAACUUAAUACAGUUAAAUUAAGCACAAAAUAAGCUUUCAUUUGACAUAUGAGAAGACUAAAUAACUGAUGAGGGUCUAUAAAUGACAUUACUUAUCUGUUUGUAACUGGCAACCCCACAGUGGCAGUGUGAAAGCAGGCAACCUUUACUUUUUCAAUUAUUUUGGGUAUAUUCUAUUAACUAUUGUAUGAUUUGUUCUAACUAACCAAUGAGGGAAGGAGAUCAAAUAAAUUAAAAAAAGAAUAUUUAAUAUUUCGGCCGCAAUUUAACUAGGCAACCUAUGUGCAAUGUGUAUAUUUUCUUUCAUUUAUUUUUUAUAUCCAAAUUAAAUAACAGAUGAGGGUAUAUAUUUCUUAUGCCGGCUCUCGUACUAUAAUAGAAAAAUAUUUGAAUAAAAAAUAAUUAUAUGCUUAAAUGUAUAGAUAAGUGUUCUAAGUAACAUGGUAUACUGAAUUGGACUUAAAAGUAAAUACUCCCCGUGUUCGUCCUCGUGAUACUCAGUCGCAAAUCCCACGGGAACCAUGGAUUUUUACGGGAUGAAAGUAGCCUAUACAUAUAUUGCUCAUUAUCCUCAUCUAUCUUUCAGUGAAAGUCUCGUCAAAAUUGGUUCAGCAGUUUUAGAGAAUAGCGCUGAUCAUACAAAUACAUUCAUUUAUUUUAUGUAUAUACAUAAUUAUGUUGAAUUUUUCAGUCAACAGAUAGUACAUUGUUGUGUUUUUAGCGAGUAAGAAGUAUUUUACGUAAAAUUUGUAAAAAGUAAUAUAAAAUACAUACGAGUAUAAUAAAAAGUAAAUAUAAGUUUAAUAAAUUCAUGUAAACUGAACUAAA